AUGAAACCAUACACGCGAUUGUUAUGCCUAACUGCAGCAUUGUUCCUGUCGACGAGUCACGCUAAAAUAAUGAGAAACAACGCGCUUAUGACCAAAAUGGUAUCGAACUUUCACAAAGAUAACGAGAACUCCGACGAAAAAGAAGAUCACGCUAUUUUGAAUCGAAUGCAGAACGUUCUGUGCAAAAACUUCCCCACGAUACCUUGCAAUAUGAUCGUCCAGGACAAAGCUCUCAAGAAACUAAUCGAAAAGUCCAUACAACAAAUUAACUACAAGAAACUUUCCUUCGAAAAAACGACCCCCUUCCCCGGAUAUCUAACACUUUUCCCGAUCGUAAAUAACGACGCGUCUAACCAACAAAUACGUGACAAUGCCUACCACAACGAAGAUACCGGCAAAAAUAAACACAAACAAAAAAAGAAAAUUAAAAGCACAAAGAAACGCACAUCGGUCUACACAAGAAAGAAGCUUCGAAAAUUUUACCCCCAUAAAGUGAAAUUCAGAGACAAAACUAACGGACACAUGAAGGAAGAUUACGGAGACAAUUCAGGGGAGAAGCUAUCGAUGUCAGUGGAGGUUCCGGACAUGACGCUGACGAGAAAACACCAGCACUUCUCAUAUAAGAUGGAACCCGCUGACCCGCCGGUGUGGAGGAUCGACUACGUAAAGCACGGGGAACCAAAGGUCAACAUGUUCGAUCAAGAGGACGGGUUCCAGGGCUACAUGAAAACUGGACCCAACGUUGUUGUUGACGGUAAUGUCGAUACAAGGAAAGAUGUAAUGCAUCCAGACGUUUAUAUAAAGAAAAAUUAUCUUAGAAAAAACUUACAUUUGGAUAUGCACUCGGACGGUGUUGAAUAAUAUUUUUUAAAUAAAAUUU